AUGACGAUCAUACCGAUGGACGACCAUGGCAACGACGACGACCACGACGAGCAACGACUCCAGCGUGAGCGCGAACGCGCCGUGGAGCAAAUGCUCUGGGCACAGGAGCAAGCGGAACAACAAGACCAGAGACAAUCGGCACACGAUCCGAAUCCAACACGUUUACCACCACCCGACGAUCCUGCCGUACCCUUCCCUCCGCUCCCCGACGAACAAGAACCGCCCCUGCCUCCGCCAUUGUCCCACCAAAAUAAGUCCUGGUCCUACACGCAGUGGAGUUUCGCCGCCGCCGGAGCGACACUCUGGUACGCACUACGCACCCGGGACGAACAGUGGUAUCUGGCCGUCGUCUAUCUCCAUUCCUCGCGGUGGGCGUGUGCCGUCCUCGGCAACGCGCUACUCGCCGCGGCCGUCGCCACUUUCCAACUCACCGUCCGUCUGUUCCUACCCAACGGAGGCUUGCGCGUACACGAAGCGGAAGGUUUGCAAGAUUUCUUUCGUUGGAACGUGACGGAAACGUGUCUCGCCUUGACCAUGUUCCGCUCCGAACUGACCGUGCAGACGGCGGUGGAAUUUGUGGUCCUCAUUCUCUGCAAGUGUCUACACCACGUGGCGAAUAUGCGGGAACAGCACGUCCGUAUGACGCAGGAUGCCGUGGUCCGGUGGCGUCCGGAACGGAUCGCACCACAAGCCUCCUGGCCACCACUCCCCGCCGUGCCGACAGCGCACUGGAGGAUCCUGGUCUUUUUGGGAAUCCUCCAACUUGGUGAUCUCUACGCACUCCAGUACUUUGGUCGGGACAUUGCCGAGAGAGGACCCUCCGUCAAUAUACUCUUCGCCUUUGAAGCCGCCAUUCUCCUGGUCUCGGCAUGGAGUCACCUGUUGCUCUGGCAUAUAUACGUAGGGGACGGAUUGCUCCAUUUUGGACACGACCACUAUCCGCGCAGUUUCGUGGCGCGAUGGCUCCAUACCUGGAAAGAAUACAAGGCCACCUUGACGUUUGCGGUCGAGUUGCAGGCACAAACCGUACAGUUCCUCUUCUAUUUGACCUUUUUCGCCAUUGUCAUGACGUACUACGGCGUACCAAUUAAUCUGUUCCGGGAAGUAUACGUUAGUUUUGCCGCACUCAAGGACCGGCUCUGGGCGUUUCUGCGCUACCGCCAGCUCAUGGCCAGCAUGGACCGCUUCGACAGCGUCACGGACGAGGAACUCGAACAAGCCGGUCGGGAUUGCAUUAUUUGUCGAGACGAAAUGAAAACGCACGACUGCAAAGCCCUGCCCGUAUGCCGCCACCUAUUCCACAAAUCCUGUCUCCGCGAAUGGCUCGUCCAACAACAAACCUGUCCCACCUGUCGGAGUGAUAUUGGUGCCAACGAGGUGACGCAAGAACGACGCCGUGCGGCACAAGCCGCAGCGCAAGAACGACAGUCCGCCGACGAAUCAACACCGUCGCCCGCCACCACGUCACCAGAUAUUCUGUCACCCGCGGAUGCGAGCGGUUCCGUGGAGCCAACGUCCGGGGCUGAAUCCCCACCCACUCUCACCGAAGAAGACGGGCACGAUUUCGAAACCAUGCUCCGACACUAUCAAACCACGCUACAAGCUCGGAUUCGACAACGAUCGCGGCCGGCUCUUGUCCUGCCCGGACUGUACCAGGUCACGCGAUCAAGUGGUGCGUCCGUUUACACCGGUGCACACGACGAUGCCACCCACCAAACGCCGACCGUGGUGAGAACCGUUCCCCGUGGCGUCGUCGUGCUGGCUCUCGAGGGAGCAACGCUACGGUUCGUUGGUCCCGAACCCGUCGAGGCCGUACGUAUUCCAGAUGGUUGGAUGGCCCUGGCGGAUGUAGAAUUUCGGCUCGCCAUUGGUAAAGAAGCACCACGCUCAGCAAUUUAA